GGCAGUCGAGCCUGUUCAGGAGUCUUCAGCUGAGGUAGCUGAACGUGGGGGACCCAGGAGGAGCUGCAGAAGCUUGGAAGCUCAGGCUUGCGGAGUACUGCUCACCUUCUCCCAGAUGUCCAGCAAGGUGGCCACUGGCAGUGACAUCGGACAGGCCCGCCGGGCAGUGGAGCAGCUGCGGAUGGAGGCAGGCAUCAACCGCAUAAAGGUGUCUAAGGCAGCCACAGAUCUGCUGCAGUUCUGCACGGAGCAGGCCAAGAGCGACCCCUUCCUUGUGGGCAUCCCCGCUGCCACCAACCCCUUCAAGGAAAAGAAGCCCUGUGCUAUCCUAUGA